AUAAUCAUUUGUAGUUAAAUUCUGGAACCAUGAAGGUAAUUAUAUUAAUUACGUGCAUUUAUUUAAAUAUAGGUAUAAUUUUGUGUGAAUCAGAAUGUAAAAACUUUAAAACAUGUGGUGGAUGCAUCGGAUAUGCUUAUGAUACAUGUGUGUGGUGUUCCGCUGCAGAACAUGAAGGUAGAAGAUGCCAAUCCAAAACGGAAGCCGAUGCAAAUAGGGGAUGGUGUAAAGAACCUGUUUAUGACCCUCAUGUUACCAUUAACGAAAUUGAAAAUCGCAAGUUUAGUCCUGGAAUAAAUAACACAGGUGUUGUUCAAUUUGCACCGCAAAAACUCAAAAUCAAAGCACGUCCAGGUGUUCCAAUUCCAAUAAACAUGUCCUAUAAACCAGCAAAAGAUUAUCCGUUAGAUGUUUAUUAUCUAAUGGAUUAUUCAUACACCAUGAGAACUUAUGCAUCGGUCCUGCGGGAUCAGGGACUAGAGAUAUACAAACAACUCACAAGUUUAACUAACAACGUUCGUUUAGGAAUUGGCAGUUUUGUUGAAAAGCCUGCGAUGCCAUUUGCCGAUGUACAUAAGGGAAUAUCAUAUUCAUUUAAAAAUCAUAUAUCUCUGACCGAAAAUACGAAAUUAUUCCUGGAUGCUCUUAAACAUGGCCCGAAUGGUACGAAUUAUGAUACACCAGAAGAUAGUUUUGACGCCUUAAUGCAAGUCAUGGUUUGUCCUAAACAGAUAGGGUGGCGAAGUGGAGCCAGACGAAUUAUUGUUGUGUGUUCCGACUCGACAUACCAUAGCGCGGGAGAUGGAAAAUUUGUUGGCGCUAUACGACCACACACUAUGGAGUGCUACAUGGAUAGUAAAGGAAAAGACAUGUCACUUGUUUAUGAUUACCCAUCAGUUAGUCAAAUUAAUAAAGUAGCGACGGAAACAAAUACUAAAAUUAUAUUCGCCGUUGACUCUAAAGCUAAACGACACUAUGAAGCUUUAGAGAAGAGUAUACAGGGGUCAAAGUAUGUACCGUUUAAUGCAAACACCGAUGUUGUUGACAUGAUUAAGAACGAAUAUUUGGAAUUGGUAAGAACGUUGAGUAUUGACUCAAAUCUACCAUCUUUUAUGGAACUAAAACUAGAUCCAGACUGUUCACAAAAGGAUAAUUGUCGAGUUAGGCAUGAACAACCUGUAAACAUUAAAGGUACCUUGAAGAUAAAGACAUGUCCUACUGACAAAGAGAUGAAAUAUUUAUUAAGUAUUGGACCAGUAUCGUUGGACGAAAAAUUGGAAAUUGAAGUAGAAACGCAAUGCCAGUGUGAUUGUGAAAAGCACGGAGAAGAAGAUUCGGCAAAAUGUAGUAAUGCUGGUAUUUACCAGUGUGGUAUAUGUGACUGUAAAGGAAAAAGAUAUGGCAGUACCUGUAGUUGCGUCGGUGCAUCAUCAGAAACAAAUGAUCUAGAUCUGUGUAAAGCCAAUAUUACUGACUUAAAUUUUUGCAGUGGCCGUGGUAUUUGCAGAUGUGGGAAAUGUGAAUGUCAAAGCGGUUUCUCUGGUGAUUAUUGCGAGUUUGAUGAUAACGCUUGCCCCCGACCUGGCAACUUGCUUUGUGCUGGCAACGGAAAAUGCAAGUUUGGGCGAUGUGAAUGUAACCCACAUUGGAUCGGAGACGACUGUCAGUGCCCAGAUAAUAAUAGGAGUUGUAUAGCGCCGAUAUCUAACGAGGAAUGCUCUGGCAAAGGAACAUGCAAAUGUGGUGUAUGUAUUUGCGAACAAAAGGAGGAUACGAAUGAAAUUUGCUCGGGACGCUUUUGCGAUGACUGCGACGAACUGAAUCAAAAGCGAUGCAAGGAACUAGAAGACUAUGCCUAUUGCAAUUAUAAUUUUAAUAAAACUGAAUGUGAUGAAAGAUAUGAUCAAACUUCAACCGGUGUAACAUUUGUGAACAAAACUGAAAUAGAUACCCUUGAACAUCAACAUAAAGCUAAAUGGUGUCGUAAAGCCUUGGAUGAUGACAGCUUCUUGAUUUUCAUUUAUUAUUAUCCACCAUCGUCUACGAAUACGUUGGAAAUCAUGAUACAGAAAGAAUUGGAGUUGCCUAUUAAGGCUGAUGUUUGGGUCACCGUCGUGAGUACGAUAGCCGCAGUCCUCCUCAUUGGUUUGCUAACAUUGCUGGUGUGGAAGUACUUGGCUGAUCUCCACGACGAGCGGGAGUACCAAAAGUUUGAGCGCGCUCUUGCAGCCGGUGUUGACGAAGACAACCCUCAUUACCAGCCGCCCGCUGUGAACUUUACUAAUCCCGCGUAUAAUCCUAAUUGUGCGCGUUCGUAAAAUUAUUAGUCAACUAUUAGUACGUUUGUUCAGUGAAAUAUUAGAUUAAUAAAACGAGUUCCGACGAGUUUACGACGACGGUAAACCGUAAACGUCGGAACACAUAAUUUUAUGUGCAUGUGCAGUGUGCACUCAUGUUUGUCACUGAUAAAAACUAAUAAAAUAAAUGUACAGAAA